GCUACAGUAAGUCCGCCCUCUACGUGCAUUCAUAAACGGAUGUGCUAAGUGUUGAAUGUACUGUACAUACACAGCUAGGACCAUGGCGGAAGAGGACGACACGAGAAUUCGGAUUUUACAGAGCUUGCGGGGGAAGAUCUGUCAAGCCAAGAACCUUGGCCCGUGCUCCGGGCCCAACCGCCUGCGGGACCUGUGCACCUUCUGCACCAUCAGCCUGGACCAGGAGGAGGUCUUCCGGACCAAAAUGUCAGAGAAAAGCCCGAGCCCUUUCUAUGGAGAGGACUUCUAUUUUGAAAUCCCACGGCCAUUUCAGUAUUUGUCCUUCUACGUGUACGCAAAGAGUGUGUUCAGGGACCUACCAGUAGGGAAGGUGGCGAUCCGGAAGGAGGACCUGUAUAAGUUCAGUGGGAAGGAGCACUGGUUCUGCCUGCAGCCGGUGGAUCCCAACUCGGAAGUCCAGGGGAAGGUUCACCUGGAAAUGCGGCUGAAUGAGCUGAUCACAGAGAACGGCUCGGUCUGUCAACAACUGGUGGUCCGGAUAAUUGAAUGCCAGGGCUUGCCCCUGAUCAACGGACAGAGCUGCGAUCCAUACGCCACCGUCUCGCUCGUCGGACCCGCCAGGAAUGAACAGAGGAAGACCAAGGUGAAGAAGAAAACCAGUGACCCCCAGUUUGAGGAGACCUUCCACUUUGAGGUCACGAGGUCCAGCAGCUACACAAAGAAGUCCCACUUCCAGGUGGAGGAGGAGGACAUCGAGAAGCUGGAGAUCAAGUGAGUUCCUCUGUUCUGCUUGCUUUCCUCACAAUCCUCUCACUCCCUU